GCUGCCCGCUCUGCACCCUUCUCAAGCUCCUGUCUGUGGCCAAGGGUUUCAGGCACAGGUGCCUCAAGUUAGACUACUAUUGUCCUUACGUAGGCACCUCAGUGAGUGUCUGGAAUUGCAAACCUGCCUAACUUUGAGGCAUCCCCAGUUUUGAAAAUCUUGGCCCAUGUGCCUGCUCCCACUGGUGUGCCUUGUGCUCAGAACAGUCUCCCUGUUUUGUGCACCAGCAAAUGACAACCUUUAUCCAAAUCCUGCCUGGACACACACUUCUCCUGAGAACUAGUUAAGCAAGAAUCCACCAAAGAUAGAAAACAAAAGUGCUCCAUUUUGAGACUGGGCAGCAGGUGUAUUGUGUAUCUGAACUAAGUCUGCUGAGGCAAGAAGCAUGCCUUCCUCUCUCUUUGUACAGACCGGAGCACCCGGCCAACCUGCAGUCUACUGCCGCACAAGAGCUGUCCAGUCCAAAUGAAGUCUACUAUUACAACCACUGUGAAAGCUUGGACAUCCUGCACCAACUACUUUGUUUAUGGAUGAGACGAACGCGGCCCAGGGUUGCUAGGGGAACGCCGAAAGUGGCCAGCUACUGAAAGCAGGAGAACGACGCUGCAACGCACAUGGCUUGUGCAUGAAGUAUUGCAGGGAGGGAAAGUCGCUAGCUAGAUUCCCGAGCUCAUCAUGAGUGACCUGGAGUCCCUGGCAGUGCCAAGGAACGAUCAUCCUAGGUACUCACUGCAGCUGGAAAACAGGAGGAGGAACGUUUUUGUAACCCAGUUAGGGGAACACAGGGAAGAAGAGGAUAAAGACGUUACUCAUAUCCCCAUCAUCAGCGAGGCCCCCAGCAAGAUUCUUGAGACUGAUGCAAACUCUUUGCAAAAAACCUUGGUUCUGAAGAAAGAGGUUGAAGUUGAUCGUGUCACGGCAGAGCUGAUUGCUAAGAGGCAGGAAUUUAAAGAGCGGAUGGAAGCUGUGGCUCAGCGGAGAGCACAAUUUGCCAAAAAGCAGCAGGAUAGCAGGAAUCAAGCUCUUAAAUUUGACAAGUUUCUUAAAGAAAGUGAUGUGAAGAGGAGGCGUGCACUCCAGAAAUACAAAGCAGAAGUAAAAAUGAAUGAAAUAAAACAGAGGGAGAUAGAUAAAUUGGUAGCAGAACUUGAAAAACUCAAAGUCAGACAACAGAAGCUGCAGAAGAAGGUAGCCAAGCAAAAAGUGUAUAAGGAUUUCCUACUGAAAGUCAUUGACCAGUUGCCUGACAACUAUCUGGAGUAUGGUACAGAUUCUGUCAUUGGAGCUAUCAGACGGCAUGAGACGCUGUCAGCUACAAACCAGACCUUGAUAAAGAACUUGAUCACUCUGUCAGAUGACUUUGAGAAAAGCCAGCGUGACCUUGAAACCUUGCAACGGGAACAUGAUACCACAAAACUUAUGCUGAUUAGGGAACUUUCUGAGCUUCAGAUGAAAUGCAACAGAAUACAGGAGAAAAACAAGCAGCUGGAAGUCAGUAUUAAUCAAGAGAAAGGUCACUUCAGAUAUCAGAGUCAAGAGCUAGGCAGCUUGUUGUUAGCUAUCGCCAACCUGGCUGAGCAGUGCCACACGCAGUAUUAUGGCCCCUUGCAGGAAAUGGAAUGGUUGUCAAAACUGGACAUGAUCCAAGAAUUCAUUCUGGAAAAAAAGCAUAUCCAGCAAUUAGCGACUCAGCCUGAUGAAUCUGGGGCAUUGCUAUCUAGUCUUGGAGACCAAACUCAGAGCAGAAAAAUGGGAAUCACCAAGAAGUUCCGAAGCCAAGUUCCAGCAGGCAGUGGUGGUGUAAUACAAACUCCUAAAAACAAGGGGAAAGCAACAGUGUGACCCUGUUUUGUAUUAAUGUGUUGCAGUUUCCAAAGCAAUGGAAGAGAGGAAAUAUACAAGCUUCCUCAGACUUACUGACUUUUCUUACUGUGAAAUGCUUCUUUCUAGUGCCUUCAUUUUUAAUAUUUGUGGCUUUCAUACACUCACAAGUUUGGCAUCUGUCCACACAAUUACUGGACUGUAACUCAGAAGGCAGAAAGCCCACCAAUAAUGCAAAUGAAAAUUACAUUGGUUUUGCUAUAUGGGUAUAAGAUUAGUCCAUUACUAACUGUGGGUUUCAUCCAUGGCACCUCCAGUGAAAUUAGUAAGGAGUCAUUUAUGAUAUUCCAUUCUUUGACCAAAAAGUAAGACUAAAAUCGAUUCAAUAAAACAUAUUGGACCACA